GCCUCCCCAUACAAACGUCCGGGCACCGGCGAAUACCGGAUCGAACCAGAAUUUACCAGAUUUUCACGGAAAGCGAUAUCGUUCGGAGUGUUCUAUAUCCGGUUUUAUCGAGUUUUAACUGGAGUUUUCUGGUAAACAAGAUAAAUAACUAAGUUAUUGUUUUUUAUUAUAAAAUAAGUUUGAAAUUUGAAUCAUGUACGGGUGGUUGCUUGAAAGUGUACAACAUUUUAUUGUGCAAGAAUGUGGCGAAGAGAUAUGGGAGACCAUACUCAGAGAGGCCGGCGCAAGAUGCUCCGUUUUUAGCGCAACACAGCAAUAUCCAGACGCGCUGAUGCUUCGUAUCGCAACCGCUUUAGCGGAUCUCGUCUCCAAGAGUCCUAACAGCCCCACGACAUCAACACCGGCGAGCCCAGCUCCAAGAAAGCUGUCCUUCAAGUCCAAACCAACAUGGCGGAGUGCAUCAGUCCACGCAGACAAUAGAACACAAAACUUCAAGUGCCCCUUCACUGCAACCAACGCUUUAACAGCUGCCACCAAGAAAGAGAUAGAAGCCUACAAUUCAUCCGAAGAAAUAAGACAAACGAUUGCUAAAUCAUCUGAUAGAAUUAACGAAGGACAAGAAUUGGAGAUAUGUAGCCCUGUUAACAGAAGAAGUCUCGCUAUCAAGUUUGAAGAUCAUAAGGAGACUGCAGAAGUGAUAAGUCCAGACACAGAUGACAGUAAAAGUCCCGUCGAAUGUAAAAAGAGUGAAUCGAAUUCAUGCGAGGUAAGAAGAAACAGUGCGCUGCCACCAGUUCAAAGGAAAAAGAGUAUAACUUUGUCUUUAGACGUUUACAGAAGAAGAGGAUCAGGUGCUCAAAUGAGAGCUCGGCUUAACAGCAUCAGUGAAGAUCAACUUCACAACAUGAAGCAGAAGUUUGGCACUCCCGAGAAAGUGAUGCAUUUCUUUGGUAGAUGCUUCGUCAAAUUCUUCAGUAAUUAUGGCUACGAUACGAUGAUCCGCGCGACCGGGCGCUACUUUUGCACGUUCCUCCAAUCAGUGGACAGCAUUCACCAGCGCAUGCGUUUCACGUUUCCGCGCAUGCGCUCCCCGAGCAUGCAGCUGACGCGCGCGCACCGCCACGGCGCAGAGCUGGUCUACAGCAGCGGCAGGACUGGCUAUACGCAUUAUCUCAUGGGACAACUGUACGAGAUAGCUGAGGACAUCUUCUCGCUAAAGCUGAAAGUGACUAUCGUCAAAGAGGGCGUGGAGGACAACCUCAACGUGGCCGUACUGAGGCUGGAGUUCGACAACAGCGACUAUGUUCAAUCUCUAAUGUUGAAGAAGUCGCUACCGUGUCCGCUGCCUGCUGUGCCGGCCUCCCUGCUGCUGCAGCUGUUCCCCUUCGGAGUGCUGCUGGACAGGAAGAUGAAGAUCCUCAUGGCGGGUGAAAAGUUAGUUCAAGCAUGGGGAGGACCCUGUAACAGAAUCGCCAAAUCAUCCAUCAGCGAGAUAUUGCGGCUAAGGAAACCUAAAAUUUCAUUGACGUGGGAUAAGGUGGUUUGUAUGCAGACGAUGAUGUUCGAGCUGGAACUCCUGCGGUACCGGGCCCGAAUCGCGGGCGACGCGCGACGCGGGUCUCAGGGCGCGCGCUCCAUACUGCUCAAGGGACCCAUCUAUCUUCUGGAAGAAAUAGACGCCCUUGUCUUCUUGUGCAGUCCUAUUUUCAAUGACUUAGAGGAGCUCCGUCAAGCGGGAUUGUACGUAGCAGAUAUGAACGGCCACGGCCUCUCGCAAUGGAUGCUUCUGGAAGGCUGGCAACAUCUCUCGCGACUGGAGCUGCUCUUCGAGAAAGCAGAGUCCAGGUCCCUCUCCCUGGAGAAGUCUUGUCGGCUGCGAGACCAGUGGAAGAAGAGGGGAGACCAACUGCUCUAUUCGAUGAUACCGAAGGACAUUGCUGAUCAUUUGAGAGCAGGGAAAGAUUCUAUGGCAGCUUGUCAGGCAUUUGACAGCGUGACAAUAAUAUUCUGUGGCGUGCAGCUGUCGACGGCAGGCACCCGUGCUGAUGUCAUGCAAACGGUCGCCUACAUCAACGACAUCUACUCCAAGAUUGACAGACUACUCGACUCACAUCGGGUUUAUAAGGUGGAGACGGUCGGCACGGUGUACAUGCUGGUGUCGGGCGCGCCCGAGCGGCGCCGCGCGCACGCCGCGUCGGCCGCCAGCGCGGCCCUCGCCAUCGCUAGGGCUCUGCCCAAGCUCACCAUUGGGAUCCACACGGGGCCAUGCGUGGCCGGAGUCCUAGGGCGCCGGUUGCCGCGUUACUGCCUCGUCGGGGACUCCGUCAACACCGCAAGCAGGAUGCAAACUACCUCUGAACCUGGCCGGAUACAAAUAUCAGCUCAAACGGCGAAUGAGCUACCUGCAGGGAAAUUCAGGCUGCGCCGCAGAGGGCUCAUAAAAGUCAAGGGUAAAGGCCUGAUGGAGACAUUCUGGCUGGAGGGAGAGGUCGAGGAAGACAACCAAGAUGAAGCCCUACAGUUGUUCUCUACGCUAUGUGGUGAGAACUGAACGUUUGGAUAAAGUACAGCUCGGGAAAAUUCAGUUUAGUAGGAAAAAGUUACAUACGUUACUUUGGCAAGUAUUACAAAAUAAAGUAGAUAUUCAAUUCAUGUUUGGCUAAAGCGUGUUUAAUAAAAAUAGAAUGUCUUCUACCAUAGAUAAAAGAAAUAUAUAUUUAUGUCUUCUACUUUAUAGAUUUAGAUAGUUCUGGAAAACUUUCGAAACGUGAAAAUAAAAUGCAUUACUCAUUACUAAAUUGAUCAUUUAUUCAACAAACGAAUUUAAUUCGUAUUUUUUUGUUAUUUUUUAAUGCUUUAGGUACAUAGUGUAUUUAUUUGGAUACAAUAAAAUAGUAAAUAUUUAUAACAUUACUCGAUUUGUUUGUAAUUUAAAACUGUAUGAAUACAAGCCGUCACUGGCUAAAAUUCUAGCGCUAUAAAGGGACUUAUAGCUAUAGCAGGGGUGGGUUAGUACACCACCGAAAUAAUUUGCAAAAAAACUACAUUAAUUCUAGACCAAUCGUUACGACUCAACAUUAUAUGAAUUACUUAAAGUACCAAUUUCAAUGUUUGAGCACGGUUAAUCAGAUAUUUUAUGUAAAGCCUGAACAGAAAAUGUAGGUACUUUUAUAAGUAGCACAAUAUUUUUUAAAACAAAAAUUUUCCAUGUUGUGCUUUAGUUAAGAAAUGUGGAAGUAAUAUUGCAUUGGCAUGUUACCCUGUUAUUCAUAAAAAACAUACCAACUUUAAGCUAGAAUAUGUUUUGUCUCUUUUUGUCAUUUUCAAAUUUA